AUGGCGGUUGAGACUGAGACGCGUGCGGUGACUGAGGUCGGCAUCAAAGCAGAUCGGUGUUCGGCCCGGGAUGCGGGCGUGCCGUCGAUCGAGGUGCAGUUCCCCCAGCCUGCGAGGCGCGUCGACCGUCAGGCGGGAGUGGUCGCGAUCGACGGAUGCAUGACGCUGCACACUCGCUAUCACCCACGGGGACGCCCUUCAUGCACGGGCAUGACACUCGCACCCUCCCUCGCGGCGCUAUCUCCCCCAUUCAUGAACACCGCCCGAUCACGUCCCCCCGGUCCACGAUCACGUCCCAGCCCACGACACCAGCGGAACCGUCACCCAGGCCCCGCUCGAGGCCGUCGUAGCGUCAGCAAGGCCGCGUACCUAUCCUCCUUUCAUAUACCUCCUUACUUCCACCUCGGGCUCCACCACACGCGUCAGCCAGCUGCUUGCUCGCUGGAGGAUCUUGACACUGAGGGAUCGACACAGGCCCAGGAAUACACUCUCGGCAACACAGACCCAGAAAACACUUUCUC